UUCUGUCCGAGAGAGAAGAAGAAAUGGCUACUGCAGGAAGAAGCGUAGCAGCUCCUUUGUUGUUCCUCAACCUGGUUAUGUAUUUUAUCGUGUUGGGAUUUGCUAGUUGGUGUGUUAAUAGGUAUAUCAAUGGCCAGACUAAUCAUCCGAGUAUGAGUGGAAAUGGAGCAACAGGUUUCUUCUUGACAUUUUCUAUUGUGGCUGCCGUAGUGGGCAUAGUGUCCAAGUUUGCAGGAGCUCAACAUGUUAGGUCAUGGAGAAGUGAUAGUUUGGCUGCAGCCGGAUCAUCUGCACUUAUUGCUUGGACCUUGACUGCACUGGCAUUUGGGUUCGCUUGCAAGCAUAUAAGCAUAGGAGGGUGGAGAGGAUGGAGGCUGAGAAUACUUGAAGCAUUUAUAAUAAUCCUCACAUUUACUCAACUUUUGUAUGUGUUACUAAUCCAUGCUGGUGUGUACAGCAGUCGGUAUGGACCGGGGUAUCGAGAUACCGACUAUGGCAUGCGAGGAACCGGGGAUGAACUGGGGACAAAGGGUGGCACUGGAGUAACAGGGUCCAGGGUUUGAUAAGGACCACAGUUUAAGUAGCUAAAUAUCAUGUAAUUCCGUUUGCUGAAU